ACCAAGGGAUAUUGAACUGCCUCAGUAGUGAGAUUGAAGUCUCUCAGAUUUCUUUGUGAACGAGUUGUGAACUAACUCCCAGUUAGCAUGCAAAUUUGACUAUGUUCUGCUGGGCAUCUCUGGGGCUCAAACCUGCACAAGUCUUCCUGCAGUUGUGGUACAAAUUUACAAUGACACAAGAUUUGGAAUUUUUAUUCGGAUAUACAAACAUCAUUGUAAAUGGUGUGAUUAUUCUCAUCACUAUCUUGAGCUGUGUGGUUUAUAAGUUUCGACAAGAUCAAGAAGCUGAGUUUGUGGAGGAGAACCAAGGGCUCUUAUCAUUGUCUCUUCAAGGAUUGUGUCAUCGUUUCUCACUUGAUCAGAUGCAAAAGGCGACAUCAAAUUUCUGCGAUGAACUGGUCAUUGGAGAAGGUGGGUUCGGGAAGGUUUACAAGGGUACUUUUGAAAAUGGACCUACUGUGGUUGCCAUAAAGCGGUUACAAUCCAUGUCUAGACAGGGAUCGACAGAGUUCCGGACUGAGAUUGAGAUGCUCUCCCAACUUCGUCACAGCCAUCUAGUGUCACUAAUUGGUUAUUGCGAUGAAGGUCAUGAGAUGAUUCUUGUUUAUGAAUUUAUGUCAGGUGGCACAUUAGCUGAUCAUCUGUAUAAAUCUCGGCCAUCACUGUCAUGGGUUCAGCGCCUCAAGAUUUGCAUCGGAGCAGCACGUGGACUGCAUUACCUUCACACGGGUACAGGCAUUAAGCAAAGAAUUAUACACCGUGAUGUAAAGACCACGAACAUUCUGCUGGAUGAUAAUCUGGAAGCUAAAAUUUCGGAUUUUGGAUUAUCUAAAACAAGUCUAGCAAAUCAGGCAACUACAUUUGUAAGUACUCAUGUCAAAGGCACCUAUGGUUAUUUUGAUCCGUAUUAUUUUUUAACUCAUAGACUGACGUGGAGAUCAGAUGUGUAUUCCUUUGGUGUGGUGCUGUUUGAGGUUUUUUGUGGAAGGCCAGCAGUGGACAGGACUCGCAGUGAAGAGCAAAGGGGUUUGGCUGGAUGGGCGCAACACUGCUUCAAAGAAGGAAUAUUGGGUCAGAUAAUUGAUCACAGAAUAAAGGGGGAUGUCUUUUCUGAUUCUCUAGAGGCUUAUGUAAAAGUCGCAAUCCAAUGUUUACAUUUUGGACCUAAGCAUCGUCCCACUAUGGCUGAGAUUGUGGUCGGUCUAGAAUCUGCCUUGGCACUGCAGGAAAAGAGUACUGAAUAUUAUUUACCCGAGGUUAUGACUAGUGAUGACGAUCAUGAAGACAUAGAUUUAUCAGGACCUGAGGCUAAGUAUGAAAAUUCCGAAAAGGAAAUGGUGAAUGUUUCUAAUAGCAGGCAUCAGAAAAAACAGUCUUCUGCUCUAAAAAGAUUUGUUGCAUUUCUUACGGCUACAGCCGGGGCCAUGUCAGUCAAUAAAGAUUAAAAAAAUGGUUCACUGCCAGUCAUCCCACAGUCAUCAAAUUUAAAGCAUUACACGCCCAAUGAUCUGAAUAUAGCUACCAGCAACUUCCAUCCUAACAGUAAAGUCGGCCAUGUUGUUUCUGGUCC